GUGCAUUUUGGUAGGAAUUAGCUUGAGGCUAAAGCAUUCUACGUGGUUAUUUUCGUGUUAAAAAAGUCGAAUUUAAAUGUGUCGAAAUGUUUCCUCGAUAACUAUUUCAUCUUUAAACCCGCAUUUAUAAGGAAACAAACCGACACUCCCGGUAAACUCGGUAAAACAUCUUCCUAAACUAUUGUUUUGGUGGAAUAGCCUAGUGUUGAGAAGACAGAGAGCGGUUGUCUUGCUGCCGAAUCACUACGUCUCCUUUGCUGCUCACUUCAGCGGCAUUUCAGCCUCAUUCUGCGGAUCAAACUGGCUCCUCGCCGCCGUCCUAGAUGAAGAUGUCCCUGGCUCAACGAGUCUUUCUCUCUUGGAUCUUCGCCCUGAUCUUCCUCAUUAUGCUUGUCCUCAAGCUGGACUCCAAACUCAACUGGAGCUGGUAUUUGAUCUUCCUCCCUGUCUGGACCUUUGACACCAUCCUGAUCCUCAUACAGAUCAUGGAGAUGGCAGGUCGCUGCAAACCGGACUUCGACCCUAGGAAUGAGGAGAAGAGCGUAAAGAGGAGACUGUGGUACCUGGCGGCUCUGCUCCUCAAGAAGGCUUUCUGUCUGACUCUGUGCUCCAGGCUUGAGAAGAUGACUGAGACCUGGGUCAGUGUGAUCUGUGUCCCGCUUUGGCUGCUGCUGGGUGGAGCAGUGUUGGACCUGGGAUACAGUGUUUUCCACAACAGGAGGGACUGAACCUGAGGAGGAGAACACUUUUAAGAUGAACGCUUUCUUUUAAAUAUAUAUUUAUAUAUAUAUGUUCACCUCUAACUAAAUUUAUUUACUUCUAAACUGCUGCUCUUCUACUGUAACAGAUUUUAUUAUUACUUUUUUAGUUAGUAGCAUCCUCUCCACAUAGUAGUUAAUUUGGUCAUUUCUUGAUAGAACUUCACUUUUCUUUAGACUCAACAAUUUGAAAAGGAUCCCCCCCCCCCCCGUUUUUGCAUUGUUAACCCUAAAUUGGCUGAUUUUUUAUUUUUAUUUUGCAGGCUGCUAUUUUAGCCUUUAAGGUUAUAAAUUAGUUAAUAGCUUCUGAACUGUAGCUGGCAGUGACAGCUUUGCAAAUGUAUC